ACAAGUACUACAGUAAGCGGGCGGUUGUGUUUUUAUUAGAGCGGAAUCGUUGUUUUCGUCGGAUGCUCAUAUCUGAGCUAUUUUUUACUUCUAUGCUUUUUACUUCUAGUCAGUUAAAAUGAGUUCUGAUGCUGAAUUGGACUUGAGUGGAGCUGAACGUGGUAUUUGGCUAGUAAAGGUACCAAAAUACCUCUCCGAGCAAUGGGAACAAGUAGGGGAGAGUGGAAUUGUGGGCAAACUUCGAAUUGGAAAGAAGAUGGGCAAAGCUGAAGUGUCAUUUGCAUUGGACUCUGAUCUUGCAAAGAAAAAGAAAAAUCCAGGUGACCUGGAGGCCCCUGUUGACCACCAGUUUCAAUUGUCCAGCACUGGACGACAACUGUUAACUGUUUUUUCUGAAGCAAGUUCAAGUGGUAAAGUUGCAAUUGAAGGGAAAGUUGUCGAAAAGGGCGAGUGUAGACCAGUAGUAACGGAAGGCUACAUGCGUCUCAAAAAACAGCAAAUGCAAAAUGCAUCAAAAACUGGACGAACGAUAGUACAGGUUACUAAAGUGGCAAACAAAUUCAAGCCAGUUUCAAAUCAUGCAACUAAUGUUGAAUAUGAAGCUCGUAAAAAGGAAAUAGGCAAAAGAUCCAGGGCUGAUAAGGAUUACGUCCUUGAAAAAUUAUUUCAAGCAUUUGAGAAACAUCAGUAUUACCAACUUAAGGAUUUAGUUAAGCUGACGAAUCAACCAGUGACAUACUUAAAGGAGAUCUUAAAGGAAGUUGCAAAUUACAAUUUAAAAGCUCCGCAUAAAUGCAUGUGGGAACUGAAGCCUGAAUACAGACACUACGAUAAAAGUGAGAGUUCAUGAUCUCGAAAAAAAGUCAAUGACCUGACAUGUAAAGGAGUUGUACAAGGUUGAGCAUGAAAACAGCUCUGUUUAAUCUGCUCGUGCGCACAUCAUUUUGUGUGUGAAAGUUGCCUUGUGAGGCUUAACACA